GUGCAAGAACAAUUCAAAAAUAAUUGUGUUAUCUCUUUCACUUAAGCAUUUUAAUUCAGUUGAAUACUCACAGGAAGUUAACUAUAAAUAGAAAGAAUAGAAAACAAUUUAAAAAAUCCGUUUACCAACUGACCAAGAAAUAUUUUCGAUAAUAUAUGAAUAUCUUUGUACACACUAAUUUACUUAUUUUAAUUGAUAACACAAUGGUCGAUAAGAUAUUCAAAAGCACUUAGUAAUUAUAGCUUGCUCAGUGCGAACGUAAAACAGUUAAAGCUAACGUCUAUGUCUAUUUGAUCAACUGAAAUGUGCAAGGCAUUCAAAUGUGCUGUUUACCUAGUGAUCUGCAGCAGUUAUUUUAUUGGUUUGCACGCCGCGGAAGAACAAACACUGCAACUUAAGAACUGCACGAAGCAGGAUGAAUGCCCGGAUCGUUCCAUAUGCACAAAGGUUGUCGCCGACUUGAAUUGCGUCUGCUGGCAGGGAUAUCAUCAAAAUCCCAACUGGUCACUGCAAAUCAUAAAUAGCACUCAGGCAGAGUAUUGUCUUCGCGAGUCGGCAACUACCAGCCGCGAACGCAUGCCGGCAAAGCCAGAGUAUGUCGCAGUUGCCAUUGUGCUGAUUUUGUUGGGAGUGAUUGUUGUCACUCUGAUAUUUUAUUGUUUCAUUACACUGCGUCCCAUAAAACGCACCCAGGCUGCUUAUCGUCGCCUACAGUUGAAACGUUCAAAUCAUCGCCAUUUGGAGGAAUUUAAUGACAUUGACAUGACUUUUCGCGAUGCACGAGAACUAUCUUAAUUUGAUUGAAUUUCGGCUAAGAUACGUACAAGUGUCUACAUUGAUUUGAAAGAUUGUAAUUAUCAAAUAAAUGUUGCACAUAGCCAAUCAAUGUAUAAUUAAAUAAAAUAAACGUCAUAUUAGUCUUAUCAGUA